AUGGCGGCAGAUAACGAAGCUCCUGCCGCGAGCAGCGCCAAUGAGUCUCGUCCCUCGGGCGACAACAACAAAGCCUCUAACAACAAUGGCUCUGAGAAUCGUCGCAACCCGCGCCAUGACCACAGAAAGCCAGGCAAAGGACGAUCAGAGAAGGGUCGCGGAGAAUGGGGUCGUGAGAAGGGCGACAAGCGCAAGAAGAAUGAUGAAUUUAAGGAGUUUAAGCGUCGCAAACUGAACAAGAAGGGCGAUUCGGCUGAUGGCGAGUCGAGCAACAAUCCCUUCUCCAAGGAUGAGAUUGCUGCCGAGGAGCGACGACCCAAGCGAAAGGUUGCUGUCAUGAUUGGAUAUGCGGGCACUGGUUACAAGGGCAUGCAGGUCAAUGGCAACGAGAAGACCAUUGAGGCCGAUCUAUUCAAGGCGUUUGUCGCCGCAAGCGCUAUUUCCAAGGCCAACGCCGACGAUCCCAAGAAGUCAAGCCUUGUUCGAUGCGCUCGAACCGAUAAGGGUGUGCAUGCGGCCGGCAACGUCAUCAGUUUGAAGCUUAUCAUUGAGGAUGAGGAUAUUGUGGACAAGAUCAACGCCGAGCUACCAGAGCAGAUUCGAAUCUGGGGUAUUCAGCGAACGAACAACGCCUUCAGCUGUUACCAGACCUGCGACUCAAGAUGGUACGAGUAUCUUAUGCCUAGCUACUGUCUUUUACCUCCCCACCCCGAGUCUUUCUUGGGUCAAAAACUGGUUGAGUUGGCCAAGGAGCAUGGUGUUGAGGAUCAACUGGCUGCUCGAAUGGAGGAUGUCAAGGAUUUUUGGACCGAAGUGGAAGAGAAGGAGAUCAAGCCCAUCUUGGCCCGGUUAGACCCCGAGACCAAGGCUGCUGUGUUGGAGAGAGUCCACGUUAUGGAUGAUGAAGAGGUUGCUGCACGCAAGGAGGCUGCGAAAGAGACUGAGGAGAGCGCGCCAGCGGAGGAGAAGCCUGCUACUGAGACCCCCGCUGGUGAGGCUGCUGAACAAACCACAGAGCCCGAGGCUCAACAGUCGGGCCUUGUUCUGGAGAGCCAUAAGCCUAAGAACCGCGAGCUUGGCCCCGUUGAUUUCGCCCUUCGAGACAUCAAAGCAGCUUAUGUUGCCGCUAAGCGACGAUACCGUGUCAGCACCGAGCGUCUGAACCGUCUUCAGGAAGCCCUCAACAAGUACAACGGUACAAAGAACUUUCACAACUACACUGUUCAGAAGUCGUUCUUCGACCCCUCGGCGAAGCGACACAUCAAGUCAUUCGUUGUCAACCCCAAGCCCAUCAUCAUUAACGACACAGAAUGGCUGUCUCUCAAGGUCCACGGACAGAGUUUCAUGAUGCACCAGAUCCGAAAGAUGGUUGGUCUAGCCAGUUUGAUCGUCCGCUGUGGCACUCCCAUGGAACGUAUCAACGAGAGCUACCAGAACCAAAAGAUGGCUAUCCCCAAGGCCCCCGGUCUCGGACUCUUGCUUGAGCGACCCGUCUUCCACAACUACAACCGAAAGGCCACCGAGUCACUCGGAAAGGAAGCGAUCGACUUUGACAAGUACGAAGAGAAGAUCCAAGCCUUCAAGGACAAACAGAUCUACACUCGUAUUUUCAGCGUGGAGGAGAAGGACAACUCGUUUCACAUGUUUUUCAACCAAAUUGAUCAGUUCAAGACAAAUCACUUCCUGUGGCUCACAGCUGGCGGUAUGAAGGCUGCCGAGAUCGCAAGGGACACGACAGGUGAAAAGGUGCAGCAGGACGUUGAUAAGCAGCUCGGUGAUGAGGAUGAGGAGGACCCCGAGGGCGGUGAGGGUUAG